AUGCCGUCCUCCUCGUCGACGUUGUCGCCAGAUCGCCUCCUCAACACCGACUUCGCCGGCGUCGCCACGCCCCGCCCCGCGUCGGAUGCAGCCGUCCUCUCCGUCGCCGGUGCCGCCUCGCCAGACCUCCUCGACUCCUCCCCGAGCCCACUGCCCGAACCCCUACAACUCCGCCACCGCCCGGUACGGUCCCCGCUCCGGCUGCUCGCUCCCCCUGCGUGCUGCGUCUCCUGCUGCUACCGCACUUGCCCUGCUGCCCCGCUCACGCCCCGGGCCGCGUCCAAGCUCGUCGCCGGCGUCAUCCCGCUGCCCCGCGCUCUAGCCGCGCCUGGCUUUGCCCUCCUCGCCGCUGCUCCGCCCCGUCACCGCGACCCUGCCCCGCCCGGCGUGUCACCUCGCGCGCUCGCGCCCAUGCUGUGGCCGGCUACCGCGUGCUGCUGCUUCUGCGGUUGCGCCGCCCCCGCUCCUCGUGACCACCACCGUGCCACCGCCCAUGACUCACGCGCCUGCUCCCCUCGCCCGUGCUGGCCUCGCCCACACCGGCCUGGCGACCUGCCAGGUCCGCCGCCCUUCCCCCACGCCCCUGGGCAUACACCCGCUCGGGCUGCGCCCAACGCCCGCACCCGCGUCGCUUGUUCGGGCAGCCCCCGCGGCACCCGAACCCACUAUGGCCCUUAG